AUGGAGCGCUCCGAGGCCUAUGGCUUCUCCGCCGCCAUCAGCGGCACCUUCCUGCUCGCGUGCCUGCUCUUCUCGGCCCUCAACCGCCAGCAGCGCGCGCCCUACAUGGACGAGGCCUUCCACGUCCCGCAGGCGCAGGCCUACUGCGAGGGCCUCUUCCAGCAGUGGGACCCCAUGAUCACUACAUUGCCUGGCUUAUACUUGAUGUCGGUUGGAAUAGUGAAACCUGCAGUUUGGCUCUUUGGAUGGUCUGGAAGUGUAGUGUGCUCUACAGGAAUGCUCCGAUUUAUUAAUCUCCUUUUCAGUGUUGGGAACUUCUACUUACUGUAUUUGCUUUUGUGCAAGAUACAUCAUAAAAACAAGACUGUGUCUGGUUUCCAGAGAAUCUUAUCUACGUUAACCCUUGCAAUGUUUCCUACCCUCUAUUUUUUUACAUUCCUUUAUUAUACAGACACAGGAUCAGUGUUUUUUACUCUGUUUGCAUAUUUAAUGUGCCUUUAUGGUAACCAUAAAACUUCAGCCCUACUCGGGUUUUGUGGCUUUAUGUUUCGUCAAACAAAUAUUAUAUGGACUAUUUUCUGUGGGGGAAGUGUUGUUGCACAAAAGCUAAGUGAAGCCUGGAAGACAGAAUUACAGAAGAAAAAAGAAGAAAGGAUUUCAGCAACGAAGGGAUCAUUUUCAGAAUUAAUCAAAGUAGUACAAUUUCUUACUGAGUACAUCAUGUCAUUUAAAAACCUAGUAACUCUUAUUGUUUUGACCUGGCCGUACAUCCUCUUAGUAAUUGUGUUCUUUGCUUUUGUGGUAAUCAAUGGUGGAAUAGUUGUUGGUGACAGGAGUAGCCAUGAAGCCUGUUUCCACAUCCCUCAACUGUUCUACUUUUUUUCCUUUACUCUCUUUUUUUCCUUUCCUCAUCUAAUGACACCUAAUAAAAUUGGAAAUUUCCUUCGAUCAGUACGGAAGCACUUGAUUCAAUAUAGCAUACUCAUUGCCAUCUCUUUAUUCCUGGUCUGGAAAUUUACAUAUGUUCAUAAAUACUUGAUUGGAGAUAACAGACAUUACACAUUUUAUGUAUGGAGAAAAGUCUUCCAAAGACAUGACCUUGUGAAAUACAUAUUUGUUCCAGCCUAUAUAUUUGCUGGCUGGAGUUUGGCUGACUCACUGAAAUCAAAAUCUAUUUUCUGGAACUUAAUAUAUUUUGUAUGUGUGUUUGCUGUCACAGUUCCUCAAAAGCUACUGGAAUUUCGUUACUUCAUUUUGCCAUUUUUAAUAUAUAGGCUCAAUAUUCCAGUUCCACCUCUUUCCAGGCUUCUCCUUGAGCUGACUUUAUAUGUUGUUGUGAAUGCAGUAAGCUUUCAUCUAUUUCUGAACAAAACAUUUCAGUGGCCAAAUAGUGAAGAAAUCCAGAGGUUCAUGUGGUGAUUCUGUACUCUUAAGAAGACUCAAUUCUGUGCCUUUUCUGCAAUGAAUAAGUGACUACGAGCCCUAAAAUUAAGUAGAGUGUAUUGCUAUAUGUAACUUUUCUGUGGACGGUGUAGGGACUGAAGUGAGUUGGAUAUUUAUAUUCUUGGAAAUGAAUGUGAGAUUUGAUUUACUGUUUCUGCAUGAUAGGGUAUUACACCAAAUUUAUAAGGCUUUAGAGUCCUGGAUUUAAUAAAUAUGGCAUCAGAGAAAAUACAGAAGUGUUUCCAAACAUUCUGCAAUUAAUAUGAAAUGAGGAAGAUGUUUACAGUCAUAUUUCAUAAUAAUACUGUUGUUCUAUGGUAAAUAUUUAAAACUUUUUC